AUGCUUACUGUAAGAAAAUGCUUUGUGAAGAAACAGCUCAGUGGUCAGAUAUUUGAUAGUUUGCCGCUUGUUUAUGUGAGCAGCGUGUCAGAUGAUUUAUGUACCCUACUGAAUCCUAACAACCGCAUUCCACGUAGCCAAUAUUAUUCCCAGUUAGCGGCCUCGUCAGAGUUCCGACUCCAGGAAAUGCCUCAGGUUAGCCCUUGCGGUGAGAUCCAGGAUUGCCCUGUAGCUCAAUUUAAAGUCGAGAGGCGCUGGGCUCCGCCUCCCCCGCCCUUGCGCUCUGCGCAGGCGUUUUUCCUCCCGCCGCGGUUCUGCGAUUCUGCGCCCCGCCCCUGUUCAGAUCCCUCUAGGGCCGCCUUCCCUCGCCCUCAACCCUGUCGCAUCAUUGACGUCAAGGACCGCGUCGGCUCUCAUUGGUCCAUUUCAAUAGUCGCGGGCUACUUGAACUGCAAGAACAGCCACGGUACCGGCGGGCUGCUAGCUACUUCUCUGGGCGUCCUGUUCCCUUCGCCUCCGGCCGUGUCUACCUCCAUCCGUGGCCACCUCCUUGAUCCAGCACGGGCCCGAGCCGGCAACCCAGACAAGGCGGUGCCUGUCCAUCAGCCGCGGGCUCAGGCCGGCCUGGCGGUCCUGAAGUCCGGGAACCCGCGUUGUUCGGCGCCGCAGCAGAGGCUGAAGACGCGGCGGGUUGCACCUCUUAAAGAUCUUCCUGUCAACGAUGAAAACGUUGCUACUCUACCACCUUGGAAAGCAAACAGUAAACAGCCUGCAUUCACCAUUCAUGUGGAUGAAGCAGAGGAUGACACUCAGAAGAGGCCAUCUGAAUCAAAAAAACCAGAGUGUGAAGAUGUCCUGGCUUUUAAUACAGCUGUUGCUUUACCGGGACCAAGAAAACCACUGGUACCUCUUGAUUAUCCAAUGGAUGGUAGUUUUGAUUCACCACAUACUAUGGACAUGUCGAUUGUAUUAGAAGAGGAAAAGCCAGUGAGUGUUAAUGAAGUACCAGACUACCAUGAAGAUAUUCAUACAUACCUUAGGGAGAUGGAGGUGAAAUGUAAACCUAAAGUGGGUUACAUGAAGAAGCAGCCGGACAUCACUAACAGUAUGAGGGCUAUCCUCGUGGACUGGUUAGUUGAAGUGGGAGAGGAAUAUAAACUGCAGAAUGAGACCCUGCAUUUGGCUGUGAACUACAUUGAUAGGUUCCUCUCUUCAAUGUCUGUGCUAAGAGGAAAGCUUCAGCUUGUGGGCACUGCAGCUAUGCUGCUAGCCUCAAAGUUUGAAGAAAUCUAUCCCCCAGAAGUAGCAGAGUUUGUGUACAUUACAGAUGAUACUUAUACGAAGAAACAAGUUCUGAGAAUGGAACAUUUAGUUUUGAAAGUCCUUGCUUUUGACUUAGCUGCACCAACAGUAAAUCAGUUUCUUACCCAGUACUUUCUGCAUCAGCAGCCUGCAAACUACAAAGUUGAAAGCUUAGCAAUGUUUUUGGGAGAAUUAAGUUUGAUAGAUGCUGACCCAUACCUAAAGUAUUUGCCAUCAGUUAUCGCUGGAGCAGCCUUUCAUUUAGCACUCUACACAGUUACAGGACAAAGCUGGCCUGAAUCAUUAGUUCGAAAGACUGGAUAUACCCUGGAAAGUCUUAAGCCUUGUCUUAUGGACCUUCACCAGACCUACCUCAAAGCACCACAGCAUGCACAACAGUCAAUAAGAGAAAAGUACAAAAAUUCAAAGUAUCAUGGUGUUUCUCUCCUCAAUCCCCCAGAGACACUAAAUGUGUGACAGUGAAAGACUGCCCUUGUUCAGUCACUCGGAACACAUGGUGUACAGUUUUUACCUUAGGUUUUAAUUUCACAAGCAUUCUGAACAUAAGAAGUUCCGGCCAAGGACAAAUUAUGGUAUCUAUUCUUUUUUAAAUGGUUUUAAUUUGUAUAUCUUUUGUACAUGUACCUUAGAUAUCUGGCUAAUUUUAAGUGGUUUUGUUAAAAGUAUUAACGAUGGCAGCUGUCAGGAUAAGAAUUAAUAAACUGAUUUGGAAAUCUUGAUUUCUGUAAGUCAGAUUUACUUUGUGAUGAAACUAUGACGUAUUUCCCUUAGAAAAGUUAACUUGGCUUACAGUUUACUGUACAAUGAAAAAUGUUAUGUGCAACCUGUUAAAGUUUUGAGGUUACACAUGGGUUGGAAAGCUUUGUAAAAAUUAAAAAAUUUCCUAAAAUGUUCUUUUUAAAGCUCAAUAUUUAAAAAUCCCCAAAGACUCACUACAGUGGAAUUG